AUGAUAAUGCUGAAACUCUGGACACUCCUUCUCGUCUACGCGCUGGUGGUAUGUCAGAUGUACGUCUCACAUGCAGCUCCCUCCAGCAAGGAGUUGAUGUCAGACGGAGUCACAUUAUCGGAUGAUGAUGUACAAAAGCUACUCAGAGCUAUCAAGGAAUUCAUGCAGAUCACUUCAGAUGAGCAAGACCCGCAAACAGCUGAUGGAAACAGCCUGGACAGACCCGUGUCUAAGCGCUGCACUGGCUUAAGCACAUGUGUGCUGGGCAAACUCUCCCAGGAUAUUCACAAACUUCAAACCUAUCGCCGCACUGACGUGGGAGCAGGGACGCCUGGCAAGAGGCGAAGUCUGUCCGAGCGAUAUGAAAACUACAGCAACUCAUACAACUGA